AUGGCGCAUGAAUCUGAGGAAGAUGAAGGAGUUAGUCCCGAACAUAAGGCCUUGCUUGAAGCCUUGACUCGCAGGAUGAACACAAUGAUGGAAACUAGAUUGGGUAUCUUCCGAGAAGAGCUCGAUGCGGAGUCUUCAGAACCUAGUCGUGCAUCAAGAAGGAACCGACGAGGCCAAGCUCGACAGGAACAUGCUGGCUCAGAGGAGACUGAUAAUGACUAUGAAAGGGAUCGGCAUAGCUCAGUCUCAAGGCACAGCAGCCGCAGCAGCCGUAGACACAGACGAGAGCAUCGCCCACGCAAUGAACUGGCUGGUUUGAAACUGAAGAUACCUCCUUUCCAUGGCAAAGCUGAUCUAGAUGCCUAUCUUGAGUGGGAGAAGAAGAUUGAACUUGUCUUCAACUGUCAGCACUACACAGAGAUUAAAAAGAUACAAGUUGCUGCCACUGAGUUCUAUGAUUAUGCUUUGAGCUGGUGGGAUCAGUUGGUCACAAACAGAAGGCGCAAUGGUGAGCUCCCAAUUGAGACAUGGGCAGAAAUGAAAGCUGUCAUGCGCAAGAGGUUUGUUCCAAGCCAUUACCAUCGUGAUCUUCAUCAGAAACUAAGAAAACUCACCCAAGGGACACGGUCUGUAGAAGAAUAUUUCCAAGAGAUGGAGUUGCUGAUGUUGAGAGCUUGCAUAUCUGAAGAUAGAGAGGCUACUAUGGCUCGAUUCCUUGGAGGGCUUAACCGUGAGAUUCAAGACAGUGUAGAGAUGCAGCACUAUGUAGAGAUGGAAGAAAUGCUACACAAAGCUAUCCUUGUGGAGCAACAAGUAAAGACAAAGGUGCACUCUCGGGGCAACUAUGGAACUAAGUAUCAAGGUGCUAAGGAAGAUAAGCCAAGCCACCAGAAAGAGAGCAAACCAUAUCAGAAGGAAGAAGACAAAUCUACUAGUUCUUUCAGCAAGGAUAAAGGCAAAGUAGAAGCUUCUACUACGAGAUCAAGAGAUCACACCUUUGAGUUUAAAGGGAGAAAGACAGUCCUUGUGCCUAUGACUCCUGAGGAAGUUCAGGCUGAUCAACUCCAACUACAAAAGAAGAAAGAGAUUGACCUUCCCACUGAAUCAACAAAGCAACUAAACUUCUAUGCCAAGUCUGGUGAUGUUAAAAGAUCUCUCUGCUCUAACCUACCUAUUCUGUUGCUUAUCUAUAAGGAAUCACUCUUGACUACUACUGAUAUUGCACCGAAGUAUCCGAGUGAACUUGUUUCUCUUUUACAGGAAUAUCAAGAUGUUUUUCCAGAAGAUAGUCCCAAUGGGCUACCACCAGUGCGAGGGAUUGAGCACCAAAUCGACUUUGUGCCUGGUUCUACACUUCCCAAUAGGCCAGCAUACAGAACCAAUCCGGUUGAGACCAAAGAGCUACAAAGACAAGGGGAGGAACUGAUGGAGAAAGGGCAUAUCCGAGAGAGCAUGAGUCCUUGUGCUGUUCCAGUAUUCCUUGUGCCCAAGAAAUAUGGAAGCUGGCGCAUUCAGAGUCUAGAGGAGCAUAUAGAUCAUCUUAAGACUGUUCUUGAUGUGUUGAGGAAAGAAAAACUUUAUGCUAAUCUUAAGAAAUAUGGGGUUAAAGUUGAUCCGGAGAAAGUAAGAGCUAUACAAGAGUGGCCAAUUCCUAAGACAGUGAGUGAAGUAAGGAGCUUCCAUGGACUUGCUGGCUUCUAUAGGCGCUUUGUGAAAGACUUCAGCACCAUAGCAUCUCCCUUGACAGAA